GAACAUUUAAGGAGCUCCGUCCUCUUUCCUCUGUAAAGCUGUUACCAUGGCAACGAAUACUAACUCCUCAUCCAAAUAUGACCACAUUACCUGCAAAGAUCUGAUCAAGUCAGGAUCUCCUACUGUCUGGCAGCUGAUACCAAAGAAAGAGAACAUUGGGACUCUGACAAAAAUGACUCUUGGUGAAAGAAAUGUGACAAAGAUGAACAAAACCAUCUUACUUGUGGGUGAAACAGGAACAGGAAAAUCUAAACUGAUCAACGCUCUGGUGAACUACGCCAUGGGAGUGAAGUGGGAGGACAAUAUCUGGUUUCAGAUCGUAGAGGACGAGAAGAGAAGUCAAUCAGACAGUCAGACAUCAGAUGUGAUGGUGUACCAGAUCUUUGGUUUUGAAAAUAAAACUCUGCCCUACUCUCUGACCAUCAUCGAUACUCCUGGAUACGGAGACACCAGAGGGACCGAACAAGAUGUUAUCGUCAGUGAACGAUUAUUAGAUUUGUUCCGCUCAGAUGAAGGAGUUAAUGAGAUGAAUGCGGUGGGUCUGGUGCUGAAAGCCACUGAGAAUCGAGUGAGUGACCGACUGAGGUACAUCUUUGACUCUGUGGUGUCUCUGUUUGGAAAAGACAUGGAGAAGAAGAUAGUCACCCUCAUCACACACUCACCUGGAAGAAAACCUAAAAAUGUUCUGGAAGCACUCGAGGCUGCAGACAUUAAGUGUGCCAGAAAUGAUGAGAAUCAGCCUGUCCACUUCCUGUUUGAUAACUGCCAGGAGGAAGACAGGUCAAAGGGAACAAAAUACCUUCAACAAUCAGAUGAAAUAUCAAUGACAGGCUUGAGUCAGUUCACAGACUUCCUGGAAAAAACUGCACCUCAAAGGCUGGAAACCACUGUAGGUGUUCUGAACGAGCGAAUCAGGCUGGCAGCCUGCAUCAACAACCUGCAAGAGAGGAUCGAGUUCAUUGAAAGAAAGCAAUGCACUGCAUGUGACAAAAAGUGUGAGGAAUCAAAACAUAGGAACACUUUCUGGAUCUAUGAGCCCAAGACAAGAACAGUUCAGAACACCAAUCAACAAAUGAAAGAGAAAUAUGAAAAGGGCAAAGCAGAAAGUGAGAAGUCAACAGACCUUUUGGAAACUCUGAAGAAGGAAAUAGAAUACCUUCAGAAGGAAAAGGAUCAGUGGCUGGAAGAGGCCUAUCAGCAUGUCCUCAGUCUGGAGAAGAACGCCCUGAAUGUUAAUUCACUGUCAACUCACGUCCACCUGGACUUCCUGAUUGAGAAGAUGAAGGAGAAAGGAGACACAGAGAAGAUCCAGAAACUGGAAGAGAUGAAAAAACGAAUGGAUGAAGAUAAAGGAUUCAAAGCAGCGCUGAGUUACGGGAGAAGCCUGGGUUCAGAGAACCUCCCGCCCUGCCGGGACGUUAGCAGCUCCACGAUGGACGUGUGGAUCCAGUCUGAAGGUAUAAAGGGAAACCCUCCUAAUGUGGGACGAAGACAGGAGGACGCUGCAGUCCCGUCACCUAUGGGCUGGUGUUUGGUUACAAAAGGUAAAAUGCCAAACAAUCUACAAUCAUCCAAAGCAUUAACCUUCCACCAGCCACAGGGGCUCAUUGUCCAUGAUGCCGCCAACGAUAUGGGGCGCUUUGCAUGCCUGAUGACACGUCGCAGGGAAAUAACUCAUCCAGCUGCGAAACAAAGAGCUGGAGAGGAGAGAGGAGAGGAGAGAGGAGCAGCAGGAGGACAGGGAGGGAUGCUGAAGCCUUUUGUUAGAGGAGGCAGAGUGGAUCUGUGCAUCAGGGUGAAGGACGGCGCCACCGCCACCGCCACCGCCACCACCGGGCUCUUCAGGUGA